CAAACGUCGAAGCUAAUUCUCACAUGUUUCUCAACAUAUUAAGUGAAUUCCCGAGGCACUUAAUAUACAGCAGGAAUUUCUAUUCCCGGGUCACUGCAUUAUUUGCAAAAAGAGCUCAUAUCUCUAAGAAACUGCGGCUAUAACUAUCCGGGGAACGCACAAUAACCACACCAUAAAACGUACUUUAUGAGACAAUCCCGCAAAAAUUUUCAAUAGCAUCCAAAUGAGUACAACAAUGAACAUCUAAACGUAACCCUACUAAGUAAAAAACCACAGAAAACGCUGGCGAACUGUCUGGAAAAGCAGCUUUUUGAUUUGGUUGGACGUAACGCAACCAGGGUACCAAAGACUUUUCCGUUAAGCGGCUAUAGAAAGAUGGUUCUUUUUGAAUGGAAAAGUGGCGGAACGGAGAGCUUUUGUAGUUGGCAGGGUAUUUAGCUCUGUGCAGCCCCGCCCUCUCAACAACCCCUGGGCUUUCAUUCAUUCCCGGCCCGGUCACCGCGCGCGUCGCCUGCGGCCAUUUUAAAUCGCUCGCGUAAAAAUAAACAUUCGAAAUUUGAAAUUCUGUUUCGCUUGCAUGGCUGUUUCCGUGACGGUAGAAGACUAGAGAUGCCGUGAAGACCUAAAUCCUACAUAAACCUACUACUUACACAGGACUAUCUUCAAUAUAUCACAAAAAUUAUCUAUUUACAAACAAAGUACCUUCACUGACAAUAAAACGCCAAACUGUUUAAAAAUAUAAUUAUUUUCAUAUUCCAUUUACGAAACUAGAUCUUACCAUUCCAUAUUUGAAAUAACUUUUUAAAGAUGAGCUUUGAUUCGCCAUCUUCUGCCAAAAGGCUAAAUUUGGAACGGGCAAAUAAUUUUAUGAGACAAUUUAGGGAUCCGGAUUCUAGGGAGUUGAAAAAACUGUCCGCGAAUCAAUUCAUGGAAGUGUGGAGUCACUACGAUCGGGACGGUAAUGGCUACAUCGAGGGCACGGAGCUGGACGGGUUUCUGCGGGAAUUCGUGUCCAGCGCCAACUUCACCGACAUCAGUCCUGACGCGGUGUCGGAUUCCAUGUUGGUGGAGCUGAAAGCAUGUUUCAUGGAGGCCUACGAUGACAACCAAGAUGGAAAAAUCGAUAUACGAGAGCUGGCGCAGCUAUUACCUAUGGAAGAGAACUUCCUCCUGCUGUUCCGAUUCGACAACCCGCUAGAAUCCAGCGUCGAAUUUAUGAAAAUAUGGCGAGAGUACGACACGGACGGCAGCGGGUACAUAGAAGCUGACGAACUGAAGAAUUUCCUCCGAGAUCUCUUGAAAGAAGCGAAGAAGAUCAACGACGUGUCCGAAGAUAAGCUCAUUGAGUACACGGAUACCAUGCUCCAGGUGUUCGACUCAAACAAAGACGGCAGGCUACAGCUCUCUGAAAUGGCGAAACUCUUGCCCGUCAAGGAGAACUUCCUCUGCAGACAGGUGUUCAAGGGAGCAACGAAGCUGACUAAGGACGAUAUUGAACGUGUCUUCUCGCUGUACGACCGGGACAAUAAUGGCUCCAUCGAGAAUGAAGAGCUGCGCGGCUUUCUGAAGGAUUUAUUAGAAUUAGUGAAAAAGGAUUACGACGCCCAGGACCUACUAGAGUUCGAAGAGACCAUCCUCCAAGGCGUAGAAUACAGUAGCGACGGCAAAAUCAGCAGGAAACAGCUAACUAUGAUCCUUCUAGCACUGGCCAAGCAUCAUCAAGAAGAAGAAGUGACCACGCCGUAAACUCGCGAGUUCGCGUCCGCCACUCCGUCCCGAUUUCUGAACGAAUUUUCUAAAAGU